UCGUUAUUGCUACUUUGGCAAUGACGCAAUCACGUCGCGGACGUACAUUUUGGAGGCGGGGCUCAUCGUAGGCAGGAAGUGUGGCGUAACAUUUGUUUUGAACGCAGCAGCGACACAAGUGAUACGAGAAUGGAGCAAACCACUGAAGAUUACAAGCUGAUAUUUGAGAAAGAGGGAGUGUACCUUCACACAAAUGCAAGAAGGAGCAACCAGGAGACCACCAUCCCAGGGUUUAUACGCAUAGUGGAGCGGGCUGGCAUCCCAGCGUUGGAGUGGAGCCCGCUGGAGCAGGAGAGUGGGAGUGCUACUGUAAUCUUCACUAAAAAAGAUGGAGAAAAUGGAGAGGAGGAUUCAACCUUUGAGCCUGGGUAUGAACCGGAUUGGGCAGUCAUCAGCACCGUAAAGAAGGAUCGGGAACAGGUUCCAGUUAAAGAGUCAGGUCAGUGGGCAUUCUCUCUGCCGCUCUCAGAGCUCUAUUCUCUCAGGAGGGCCAGGUUCUCUUUGGGUCGAAAUUUUUUAGUGCUGACUAGUAGAGGGGGACACCCGCUGCCUGCUCUACACUUCCACAGAGGAGGAACCAGAGAACUCCUCAGAGCCAUGCACCGUUACAUCAACCUAGACCAGUCUCCAGUUGACGGGCGGCUCUUCCUUGCUUACCCCCAUGAACCAGGUGCUCUUCCUCAGUCAUUUGACAAGCUGCACCUCUUUGAUGAUGCAGGGUCAGAUCUUGUCUCGAGGUUUAUCCAUGACCCGUAUGCCACUACAUUUGGCGGAUUCUCCAAAGUGACCAAUUUCUUUAGAGCGGCACUUCGCCCUCCAGAGUCCCCCUUUGUACAUCGUAAUCCUCAGGAUGCUGGCAUGCCCUCCCAGUCUGACGACGAACCUGGCUUUGAACUCAUCAACUGUGGGGUAGAACUUGGCCCCAGGCCAGAUGUAAGGAGGGGACCACCACUGGCCAAGUGGGAAGAGUUUCUGGACCCUGAGGGACGUGUGAAGAACCCAGAGAAAAUCAAAGAGCUUGUGUUCAGAGGGGGCAUCACACCGUCACUGAGGAAGGAGAUCUGGAAGUUCCUUCUGGGUUUUUAUCCUUGGAACAGCACCACAAAGGAAAGGGAAGAUAUGCUUCGGGUCAAAACGGACGAGUAUUUCCGAAUGAAGGUGCAGUGGAAGUCUGUCAGUGAAGAGCAGGAGAUGAGAAACUCUCUCCUCAAGGGAUACAGAAGCCUAAUAGAGAGAGAUGUCAACAGGACAGACAGACAAAAUACGUUCUUCUCUGGGAACGACAAUCCAGGACUGACUCUGCUUCACAAUGUGCUGAUGACGUACUGCAUGUACAACUUUGAUCUCGGCUAUGUGCAGGGGAUGAGUGAUCUGCUGUCCCCCAUCCUGUUCGUCACCCAGAAUGAGGUGGAGUCCUUCUGGUGUCUGACAGGCUUCAUGGAGCUGGUGCACCAGAACUUUGAAGAGUCUCAGGAGGCCAUGAAGCAGCAGCUGCUUCAGCUCAGUAUCCUGCUGAAGGCCCUGGACCCAGAGCUAUGUGACUUCCUGGACUCUCAGGACAGUGGUUCCCUUUGCUUCUGUUUCCGCUGGCUGCUAAUCUGGUUCAAGAGAGAGUUUGCUUUUGAGGACAUCCUGACUUUGUGGGAGGUCAUGUGGACUCGUCUUCCAUGUGACAACUUCCACUUGUUGAUCGCCUGUUCAAUCCUCGAGUCCCAGAGAGGAGAGCUGAUUGGCUCUCAGCAUGACUUCAACACCAUUUUGAAGCACAUUAAUGAGCUCACCAUGAAACUGGACCUGCAGAGUGUUCUACGAGGAGCGGAGGCCAUUUACCUGCAACUGAUUCAGUGCAAGGAGCUUCCAGUGAAGGUGCAGCAGGUUCUAGGUAUCUACGCCCCCUCCAGUUCUGGGACAGACAGCCCGGACUCCCAGACUAGCGAGACACAACACCUCCUCGACCAGCCCCAGGCAGAGACUGCUGCUUCUAGUUCAUCACGUGGUCCCACUUAUCCCUAAACCUUUAGUUCAGCUGAUGGACUGACACAUACACACACACAUGUAUGGAACAUACUUUAUCUACUCAACAACAAAUAUAUGUAAAUAGUGUUUGUGAUGAUAGAGUGAAAAGGGAAAAUGGUCUGACUGUAAAGACUGUUAUAACUAUCUGUCAACGGCAGGGGGCGCUGUGUCAUCACUUUUCCUUCACGGUCCCGUUUUGAACAGUUAGUUUCUUUUCGUAUUUUAUGUGACAAUUCGUCUCUGUCACUUGUCUACUCUCCAAGCGCCUUCCAAUGCUGCUGUUUUACCAGUUAUUUAACAUUUAUAUUCAUGUUUGCUUGUCAUAUUUGUUUCAUUGUGCUUCCUUUGCACAUUUUAUGUAAGGUUUGAUUUGCAGUAGAUUUCCUCACCUUCCUCCUCGCCACUGUAAGGAUAACACUCUGUGGCAGUGUAUGAUGCCAUUCCAGUCCUAUGCAGAGGUUGUGCAUGCCUUUAUUGUUUUUACAUGAAAUGUGGUGAUUAUGUCUAAUAUCAUGACACUUUAAUCCACAUAGUACCAAAUAAAUGGUUAGAUCCUAAA